AGAUCUUGUUGUAGUUAUAUAUUGUAGUUAGACACCUGCCUUGCAAGAUGCCACGGAAAGAAGACCGGAAACAGGACAAGCAGAAGACUUGGUUGGAGGAGUACUAUGAAAAUCCUGGUUUUGGUUCACCUGGAGGGCCUGUUUCGAACUUGACAGACCAAGAGAUGAUUGAUCAUGUGGAGAUGCUGGUAGAGCAUUUGACCGAUGACGAUCCUAAAAAACGAAUUAAAGCAGCCGAAGCGAUGUCAGCGUACAUAGCUGAAGAUGCCUUUCUGCCUGAGAAAAUGGAAGUUCAUCCAGCACAGGUUUUGGCAACUUUGUUCUUUAAAGGUGUUCCUGACAGAAUGGCUUGCAUCAGCGCAGCCAGAUGUUUGGCAAUUAUGGGAAGGAAGGCUGCGCCUUAUGCAUCGGCCGCCUUGACUAAGGUUCUUCAGAAUUCAGGUAGUGACUUGCGUUAUGAAGCCCUGGUUGCCUUGGGAUAUUUGGGUCCGGAAGCAGCUCCAGAAGCAGCUACUGCAGUGGCCAAUCGAGUUACGAACGACGAAGAUGCCCGUCUACGACGGCAGGCACUCCUCACCCUUGCGGUAUUUGGCCCUGAUGCUGCUGCUGCUUCUGGAUUGGCUAUUGCAAAGGCGUGCCAUGAUGAAGACACGGAUGUCCAGGUUUCUGCAAUGAAGUGCAUGAAGGCCAUGGGACCUGAUAUGGAUGGUGCGAUUGCAGGUCCAGCUUUGACGAAGGUCUUAGCAUCUGGCUCACAAGAAAUGCGACGCUUUGCGAUGGAGACCAUUGCUGUGAUUGGAAAAGGCGUUGCUGCCUGCAGCAAGUCAGUGGCUGAGCAUUUGAAACCUCUGCCUGGAAGUGACCCGGAGCUGCGCUGGCUUGCAGUUCUCGCAUUGGAAGCAAUGGGCCCAGAAAUUGUUUACGAGCAAGAACUUCUACUUUCUCGUGCAAUCAAAGAUCCUGAACCCAAAGUUGGAGAGCAGGCUUUUUUGACACUACGUGAUGCCGGUUGUAUCAAAGGCAUGAUGGGAUCCAUGUACUUGGAAGAACGCAUUUUUUCACCAGAAGUUCUACAGGCAACAAAGUUUGUAACUGAAAAUAGUGAUUCAGACAACUCAGACUCAGACUCAGGGUCAGACUCUGAUGAAGUGGACGCUUUCGGAAGCUCAAAUGGGAGUGAGGAGGAAGCUUCGGAAGAGGAAGAAAACAAUGAAGAAAAGGAGGAGAGGGAAGAGGAGGAGCGGAAAGAAGAAGAACGACUCAGGCGCAAACUUAUGGCGAGCUGGAACUAGAGAACUUUGCAACUACAAGUUGAUGGAGCAGAAUAGGCACAGGCUUAUCUUGGUGUUGUGUGCCUGAAGCCUCCGCUGAGAAUUUGGUGGCUGUUUGCGCGGGGUUGAGGGAAGGAAAUCGACGAGGAGCGAACUUGCACUUGUGCCCUAGAAGGCGACAGUACAGCGUCAUUUGACGUCCCGCCACAGCCUGAAAUGUGCUUGGUGUGAAAGGCACGAGCCAAGGCUUGGCUGGGAUUUCCAUGUCGAAGUCGAAGCAACAUAUUUGCAUUUGUCUGACGCUUGCAUGAACCAAAGCAUGGAAUCAGCUUAAGAUGUGUCAACGCUGGCCUAGCGCUGCUAGAACUGUUCGCUGCCAG